CAUACAGUACUCCUUACAAAUUUCAACUUUUAAGACUCGUUUCUACUUUCUACAUUAGUCUUCUUGCUUCCGAUCGGACUAAGGUCCCGUUUUCUGCAGCUCUCCAAGCUGCCAUUGCCGUGAAAAAUGAGAGGAAUCCUCGGUGGAGCCGGCGGUGCUUCUCCUAGUCUCAUAGAGCCCAGACACAGGUCCUCUUCUGCGUCUAGUGAGGAGACCAAUAAAAAGAAAUUUUUUAGAAGUAAAAGUUCCAGGGAGGGGGAUAAGGCGCUCUUCAGCCCCACUAAAGAUAGGGCUUUGAACCGCAAGUUCUCUAUACUGAAGCUUGUAUUUGCUGUUAUCGCAUUGGGAGCAUUAUUUAUGCUAUGGCUUUCUCCAGCAAUUCAUUCUGAUAUUACACCAAAUUCAGAAUCUAGGCCAAUUUUGGUUGACAAACGGACAAGAAAGGAUGCUGUUGAUCAACGUUAUGUAUCAGUAUUAGAUAUUGAAUGGGGCCAAAUGUCACAAGUCAUUGAGAAACUUAGUUUUGCUCAUAAGUCUUUUGGUUUAGGACUGUUAAACUUUAAUCAAAAUGAACUUAAUCACUGGGAGCAGCUAUUACCUGAUGCAGAGCAUGUGAUAUUGAACCUGGAUUAUGUCUCAAAUGAUGUCACUUGGGACACAUUGUAUCCUGAGUGGAUAGAUGAAGAAGGAGAAUUUGAGGUUCCCACUUGUCCCAUGUUGCCUAAGCUUCAGGUUCCACUCAAACCACGCAUUCAUCUUAUAGCAGUUAAGCUACCAUGCAAGAAGCAUGGAGACUGGUCAAGAGAUGUAGCUCGUCUGCACUUGCAAAUUGCAGCAGCGGGGUUCGCUGCCACUGCUAAAGGAUAUCAUGAAGUACAUGUACUCUUGGUUACCGAGUGUUUUCCGACUCCAAAUUUGUUUACUUGCAAAGAUUUAGUUGUGCAUGAAGGAAAUAUUUGGCUAUAUAAACCAAAUCUAAACAGUUUGAGGGAAAAACUUCAACUACCUGUUGGAUCAUGUGAACUUGCAGUUCCUCUGAAUGCUCAAGAGCAAUGGCACUCUGGCAGUGCACAUCGAGAAGCCUAUGCAACAAUCCUGCACUCAGCACAGUUUUAUGUGUGUGGAGCAAUAGCUGCAGCACAGAGUAUACGAAUGGCAGGUUCUACUCGGGAUCUUGUGAUACUUGUAGAUGAGACAAUUAGUGAGUAUCAUAGGGGAGGAUUAGAGUCGGCGGGAUGGAAAAUUCACACAAUAAAAAGAAUCAGGAACCCAAAAGCUGAACAAGACGCAUACAAUGAAUGGAACUAUAGCAAGUUUCGUCUCUGGCAGCUGACAGAUUAUGAUAAAAUCAUCUUCAUCGAUGCAGAUAUGCUAAUACUAAGAAAUAUUGAUUUUCUCUUCGAAAUGCCAGAAAUAACUGCAACGGGAAACAAUGCUACACUGUUCAAUUCAGGGGUGAUGGUUGUGGAACCAUCAAAUUGCACGUUUAAGCUGUUGAUGGACCACAUCAACGAGAUCGAAUCAUACAAUGGUGGGGACCAGGGGUAUUUGAAUGAGAUCUUCACAUGGUGGCACCGAAUCCCGAAACACAUGAACUUUCUAAAACACUACUGGGAAGGUGAUGAAGUGGAGAAGAAAGAAAGAAAAACACAGCUCUUUGGUGCCGAUCCUCCAGUCCUGUAUGUUCUUCACUAUUUAGGGUUGAAACCGUGGUUGUGCUUCCGUGACUAUGAUUGCAACUGGAAUGUCGGGAAAUUGCACGAGUUUGCAAGUGAUGUUGCACACAAGACAUGGUGGAAAGUCCAUGAUGCAAUGCCGGAGAACUUGCACCAGUACUGCUUGCUAAGAUCCAAGCAGAAGGCUGCACUGGAGUGGGAUCGAAGGGAAGCCGAGAAAGCUAACUUCACAGAUGGCCAUUGGAAGAUCAAGAUAAAAGAUCCGCGUUUACAGAUCUGUUUCGAAGAGUUUUGCUUUUGGGAGAGCAUGUUGUGGCACUGGGGAGAAACAAACUGGACAGACAAUGCCACUUCUACUCCAGCACCACCUUCAAUUCAAACUGCUUCACUCACUUCUUUAUAAUUGGGUGUAAAUGACAGAAAACCAACACAACUUUGAUAGAUUUCUAUAUAAUAUUCAACUGUAUUUUGUUUUCUCUUGAAGUCUACUUUAUCUGGCAUGCACAUUGUCGCCUUCCCAUGCAAAGUUUGUAGGAAAACAUGCUUAUAUCUUUAUUGGAAAUAUGGGAGAGAGAUGUCAACGUUGCGUAUCAGUGUUAGAACGAAUGAUAUAGGCACGAAGAAGACUUGGCAAACUUAUGAAUCACAUAUAAAUGCUUUCUGAUUAA